AUGUGUUACAUGAUGAAAGCAAUGUUUUUCGUUACCACACUCAUGGUCGGGAUAUUUCUUGGCAGUAACGGACAAACAACAGACCCAGAAACAUGGCCGGAAGAACGUGGCCUGAUUGUUACCACUCUGAAUAGAUAUGGUUGGCGAACUCCGGUUCAGCUUCGGCAUUUACCAGUAUUUCCAGGCCAUGAGAAUUACUCUGGUACUGUACCAGGGGUUACUUUUUCCAACAGAAACAUUCAUUUCGUCAGCAUUGAUGUAGACUACAGAACAAAGUGUAUCUAUAUGUAUGAAUACCAUCUAAGAACAAUAGUGGUUGGUACAAACUUUAGCAAAGACCUUACCGAUAUGAAAUUCCAAAAUAUACAUAUGGGUGUCUCUAGAGGUAAUAUUCAAGUAGCAGUUGACUGGCUAUCCCAUACAGUGUACUGGAGUGACUCUAAAUUUCGCUGGAUAGUAGCAGCACCUGGUGAAAGUGACAAGAUAGAUAUGGAUUAUUACAAGAUAGUUGUUGAUACCCAUCUAGAAGCACCAGACGGAUUAACAAUUGAUCCACUUGAAGGACUGCUGUUUUGGUCGGAUAAUGGAAAACAUCCAAAAAUAGAACGCUCGGAUUUAAAAGGAGACAAUCGUCAUACCAUAGUUUCGAAACAUUUGCAGUCACCAUUGACUCUUGAAGCAGACAUAUUUGACAAACGUAUCUAUUGGAUAGAUUCUUUAUCAGAAUCCAUUCUUUCGUCGACAUAUGAUGGUAAUGACGUAAUGACAAUUCAGAAAAUUCCGAAUUCAGGGCUUUUCGAUUUGGCAAUUUUUAGGGAUGUUGUGUACAUCAGUGAUAUUCAAAGUGGAUACAUUUAUACUUUGAACACAACCAAAGGUAUCCACCUAGGAAAACAGGAAUCAACUAUAAUCAAAAUAUUUCCUGAAAUAUUCUAUGGUUUAGCAGUCUACUCAGAGGAAAAACAACCAUUGAAAGAAAAAGAUUAUUGUGCCGAGAAGAACUGUGACCAUAUGUGCAUAUCUACCAAAACCGGUGCUGAAUGUGUAUGUUCGGAAGGUUUUGAAUUAGAUGUUAAUACUGGAAAAUGUAAAGAGAUUUUUGACGGAUACCACAAAGCAAUUGUUGUUGCCAACAAGACACAUAUAUGCUUGACUGACAUUCGCUCGUUUGCUCAGGCCGAUCAUGAGUAUGAUUGCAGAUUUACCGUGGUAACUAAAUAUUCAUUUACAGACUCUCCUUCCAAGUUCAAGAGAAAAAAGAGACAAACGUUUUUAUCAACCCCUCCAGUCGGCAUAACAGAGGAUUUGUUAUCAAGUACAGCAAAGCAGGUAACUUCAGAACCGAACGUAGCCAGUCCUUCUACACAAAGAUAUACUAGACCUAGGACAUUAUCAAGGUUUAGUCGUUAUACACGUAGAAGAACAACGCCAACAGCAUGGACGGGACCAGUUACAAAACCGAUGCUCAAUAAGACUACAAUUUCUCCAGUAACGCAGCGGCCUUCAACAAGAGUGACAACAAACAGACCGAUUGAUUUUAUCAUGAUGUUUGAUAUGGACAUGGAAAAAAGAAUCUUCUUCUUUGCAACAGAAAGUAAUACUAUUUAUGGAAGACCAAUAGAUUUGCCAAUAGAAAACGAUAUGAAAGAAGCGAUAGUGUCGGCGUCGGGAAAUAUCAGUGGUUUGGCCUACGAUGCAGACGAUGGGGAUAACUUAUAUUGGUGUGAAUCGGACAAAGGAGAUGUUUGGGUUGUAAAUGUUGAAACAAAAGCUUCAAGAAUCGUUAACAGAGAUUACAGCACAUUUGCCGGGGCUCACAAUCUUGUUAUUAUUUCAAACCACAGUAUGUUGGCGAUGGUCACGGGAACUAACAGUUAUAAAUAUAUAAAAACGCUGACAAUGGACGGGUCACGUGUCAAUACAAUAUCGCAUGGAAUGAGUACAAUUUCAGGUUUAACUUAUGACAAAUCCGAAAAGGUGUUAUACUAUAUAAAUGGAUAUUAUUUGUACAAAGUAUCAAUAAUUACAAAGAAUACAGAUUUCGUGUUCAUGUCAGUCGACGAUGGUGCAUUUGGCCUUAUACUUUAUCAAAACUAUUUGGCUUGGGUACAUCCUGGUGAUUUCUUUGUGACGUCAUAUGACUUGGUGACAGGGUCAAGGACGAGGAAUGGCUAUCUUGGUAACACGUCUAUGGAAAUAGUUGAUAUGAAAGUUUUAGACCAACGUCUUCAGUCGACGAACUACACAAACCCAUGUGCGUUUGAGGAUGGCGGAUGUUCUCAGAUAUGUAUUACAGCAUAUGUUAACGACGUUAUGACACCAGUGUGUGAGUGCCGCCUUGGUUACUUCUUAGACGAUGACAAUCUCACAUGUAUCUCAAAUGUUGUAGAUGACAAUUUUAUCAUCGCUGUAGACAUGACAAAUAAUGAGCUACUACAGAUAAGCUUGGAUGAUAAUACAAUCAAUGCCAUUCCAAACCCGGAUAAUGAUCAGUAUAAAGGAGUUUUCUUUGACAUAAGUACUCAGAAACUUAUCUGGACAGAAAAUUAUGAUAGUAAAAUGUAUACGUCUAACCUGAAUGGUACGGAAGAACGGGAACUAGCCAAUCUAGGAUAUCAGGGCUAUCUGCGACGAUUGGACAAGGAUAUGACUACUGGAAACAUCUUCUUUACGGCAUUCUAUGACGAUUUUAUUGGAGUUGUUACACCAUCAGGGGAAGCACUGGUGUUGUUCAGUGUGUAUACAACAACAUCGCUAGGUGACAUAGUGCUUCAUCCUGGCAAAGGGGUUAUGUACUAUACACGUGACUACUACUUUUCAACAUACAUUGGUCGUGCCGACAUGGAUGGCAAAAAUGAAGUUGAGUUAAUAAAGGGACACCAUGUUGAAAAACCAAGUGGUGUGGCGAUAGAUUUUAUUCAUGAUCAUUUAUAUUGGUCGGACUCGCAUUACGACACAAUUCAACAAUGUGAUCUGAAUGGAGAGAAUUGUCUAACGAUUAUAAAUAUGACUGGAACAUUCCGUGAUGAGGGGAUACAAGAUAUUGUAACGGACGGCGUUUACCUGUAUUACUCCGCGUAUAGAAAAGACCACAUUGUACGAGUAGACUUGACGCCACCAUAUGAAAGGGCAAUAGUCGGGCAAAGUCCUGGGAUGGGAAAUCUUGAGUCUAUCGCAUUUUACAGCAGUUCGAAUAAAAACAAACAAGCAGUAAGUGUUGCAUGUAGAGCUCGUGGAGGACGUGGGGACUGCAGUACUAUAUGUUUACCGACCAUGUCUGGCAGAACAUGUGCCUGUGAAAAUGGAGCUGUUCUAAAAGCAGAUGGCCGAACGUGCAAUAACGUGUUCCAAUGUACGGAAUUGCUUCAACAAGUUGUUGAGGUCAAUGGGAUAACAACGGAGAUAGAUAUAACUUUUAGUAGCCUCUGUCCACGACAUCUUCACGAUGAAUGCAGAUAUAGGUGUCCGACUAAUUUCGUGCCACUUUUUGACACCUUACUAACAUGCACAAAUGUUGGAUGGGAUUUGGAGUCGAAAACAUUAUGUGAAGAUGUGAAGUGUCCGUCACAAGUACCUAACGGAGAAGUAAUUGGUGAGUGUAGUCUACGGGUCGGAGAAGAAUGUUCGUUUCAGUGCAAUAAUGGAUAUAGAGCAACACUCUCGCAACGGAAACUCAAAUGUACGAGUGACGGACACUGGGAUAUAGCCGAUAUUGCAUGCAGUGCCGAGGGAAAGGCUAUAGUGUACGCAGCGAAUGAACAUUUCAUUAUUCCGGAAAUGGGCGCUAAUCACACUUUCAAAUGUAGUGACAAGAUAGAAAAUGGCGAGCUUGAUAACGAUGCUCACGAACUCUAG